AUGUCUGAGAAAUUCCCCCCAUUGGAGAACAAUGAUAGCGACCUUGUAGCUAACCUUGAUAAUAGCACAGAUUUCCUGAAGAGGGAAGCAGAGGUUUUAGGAGAUGAAUUCAAGACUGAGCAAGACGCUGAAUUGCUUGAUGAUGGCAGCUUAUCCGACUUCAACAACGACAAUGCUGCCAAGGAUAAUGAGGAUGCUGCUGUGCAGGAGAAUCUAAAUACAUCUGAAUCAUAUGAUGACUUCGGUGACAUGCAGCAAUCUACCACUACGGCUGAAGAUCGUUCCCAUGUUGUACAAGAAUGGAAAACUAAGCGUGACAACGAAAUAAGGGAGAAGGACGAGGCUGAAUUAGAGGCCAAGAAGAAACUCCAGGACGAGGCUAUCAAAUACAUAGAUGACUUUUAUGACAACUACAACAAGAAGAAAGAGCAACACAUAAGCACAACCAAGAAAGAAGCUGAAGAAUUUUUGAAAGAAAGAGAUCAGUUCUUCUCACAGGACAACACUACUUGGGAUCGUGUGUUGCAAUUGAUCAAUGUUGAUGACGCAGAUGUUAUCGGUGGUAGAGACAGAUCCAAGUUUAAGGAAAUUCUGUUGAAGCUAAAGGGGAAAACUGGUGUCCCAGGUGCUUGA